GCCGCUACCCCUAUCCUUCGUCGCGACGCCAUCACAGUCCAAAACGAUGUAAACCAAAGAAUUGUCCCGGGCAUCACGACUCUUACAAAUGACGUUAAUGCUUUCCCCUCUAGUGGUUUAGCCGGAUCUGUGGCUAUCCACACCGAUUUUCAGAAUCUUAUUUCUUCAGUGAAUCAUGCAACUACCGAUACCAACAGCGCCGGCUCUUUGGAUGAUGAAUCUGGAGCCGCUAUUCUUAAUAGCCUUCAAGCGGUACCCCCAAGCCUUUCGAACCUAUUAGGUGCCCUUGGAACUGAAGUGAGUGCUUGGUCAGCCGUUCCAGGUGGAGCAAGUCUGAUUCUUGGCGAUCUCCAAUCUCUCAACACGGCCUCCGACAAUUUCGCCGACGCCUUGACAACGAACGGACCCGCUUCUAUAAGUGACCAGGUUGCCGCAAUCAAGACUUUUAUUGAUAAUUCCUUUACCUAUACAGAGGCUGCCUUCUCC